AUGUUGCGCAUUAUUCAUUUUCGCUUAAAUAAACGCUUAUAUUCAGUGAAACCGGCCAAAAAUAAUAUUAAAAAGUAUACAGAAACCAUAAAUCUGCCCAAAACAAAGUUUCCCACUCGUCUAACUGCUGCUAAACGUGAGGAAUUGGAACGCAGAUUAUUAAAUGACACAAUUGGUAUUUCCUAUAAAUAUCAGGAGCAUCAUAAGAAGGCCCCUGCCUUCAUACUCCACGAUGGUCCGCCCUACGCCAAUGGUGACCUGCACAUGGGCCAUGCUGUCAACAAGAUACUCAAGGACAUUACGUUGCGUCAGCAUGUAGCACGCGGCCAACAAGUUAACUACAUUCCUGGCUGGGAUUGUCACGGCUUGCCCAUUGAACUAAAGGCAAUGGGGGCCGGAGCUAAAGAAAAGAAUGCACUGGACAUUAGGCAGAAAUCCCGAGCUUUUGCCUUGGACGCCAUCGAGUCUCAGAAGGAGGAGUUUAGCAGCUGGGGUAUAUUGGCGAAUUGGAAGCAGAAUCGCAUUUACAUGACCUUUAAACCCGAGUUCAUAGCCAACCAAUUGAAAAUGUUUUACGAUUUGUACGAACGUGGACUUGUUUAUCGUGAUUUGAAACCAGUUUACUGGUCGCCUUCAUCCAGAACAGCAUUGGCAGAGGCCGAACUGGAGUAUGAUGCCAAUUUUGUCAGUCCUUCUGUAUAUCUGCGCUUUGCGUUGAACGGACUACCAACCUAUAAUGGAAAGCAGAUUUAUGCCUUGGUUUGGACGACAACGCCCUGGACACUGCCUAGCAAUCAGGCCAUUUGCUACAAUGCAUCCUUAAAGUACUCAUUAGUUCACUUGUCCGGCCGCAGCGCAAACGAAUUGUACGUCAUAGCCACGGCACUGAUUAAGGAUUUCCAGGAGGCAACACACUUAUCAUGCGAAAUUGUGGAUAACAUGAGUGGCGCCUCGUUGGCCGAAUGCACCUAUAAGCAUCCCAUAGAUUCAGAACAGUCGGCAUUACCAUUCUUUGCUGCUAGCCAUGUGCAAGAUACUAAAGGCACAGGCUUGGUGCACACAGCACCCGCUCAUGGACCCGAGGAUUUUUUAGUCAGCCUAAAAGAGCAAUUGCAAGUCAAGAGUUAUGUGGAUGAAGCUGGUGUUUAUACACAAGACGCGCCACACUUCCUGCGCGGCCUGCCUGUUUUGACGCAGGGGGACAAAUUAGUACUGCAGCAUAUAGGAGAGGAUGUAGUGCAUGCCUCCAAACUGGAGCACGCUUAUCCCAUAGAUUGGCGCACCAAACAACCUGUGAUAAUACGGGCCAGCGAGCAAUGGUUCAUUAAUACGGAUAAGUUGAAGGCACGGGCCGCUGCCGCACUCGAACAGGUCGAGAUCUAUCCACGCACAAAUGCCGAGGCCAGCAAGAAGGCGAUAAUGACACAGCUGUACAAGCGACCCUAUUGGUGUAUCUCACGACAACGUGCGUGGGGCGUUCCCAUACCUGUACUCUAUAGAAAAGACAAUGGCAAAGUGGCCCUGAAUGGUUCCUUAAUUGACCAUCUUUGCAGCACGUUGUGUUCAGAGGGUUCCAUCGAUUUCUGGUGGUCCAAAAGUGUAGAGGAACUGGUACCUGCGAAUAUUUUGUCACAGUUGCAAUGCGAGGCGCAGGAUUUGGUUAAAGGCAGUGACAUUUUCGACAUAUGGUUCGACUCGGGCAGCACUUGGUCCGCUGUGCUUAAGGAUAAACAAGUAGCCGAUCUCUAUUUGGAAGGUUACGAUCAGUUCACAGGCUGGUUUCAAUCUUCGCUCUUGACCAGCAUAGCUGCAAGGGAUUGUGCACCCUACAAAGCAUUAUUUGUGCACGGUUUCACUGUCGAUGAAAAGGGCCACAAAAUGUCAAAAUCAUUAGGAAAUGUAAUUUCUCCAAAGCAAAUAACCAAGAAGUAUGGCACGGAUGUGCUUCGUUGGUGGGUGGCUUCGCAUGGUACGCAGAACAUGUCCAUUACCGUGAGCGAAAAGCUUUUACAACAGGCUGCCGAAAAUUUGAGCAAAGUGCGCGGUACGCUUCGCUAUCUUAAUGGAGCAAUAGAGGGAAAGACAGAGCUGCCCCACACACUACCAGAUGCCUCGUACCUAAACAGAUAUCUGUUAAAUUGUUUGGUUGGCUUUGAAGCAGAGAUAGAGAAACUAUACGCUGCCUAUGAAUACAAUCGAGUUGUAGCCGUCAUACAAAAUUUUGUUACAAAUCAGAUCUCGGCGAUAUACGUGCACCUGAUCAAGGAUCGUCUGUAUUGUGGCAGCUCUAGUGAACUGAAAGGCAUUCAUUAUACAUUGACCCAUUGCUACAGACAAUUGUGCAAAGCUCUUUGGCCUCUGGCACCUUUCCUAGUGGAGGAGAGUUGGUCUUAUUACGAUCAAACGGGCGGUGCAUUUCAUCAGCAAACUGUCAAAUCACAUUCGGAGUGGGUGGACUCAAAGGCUUUGGAUGUUGUUAAUGCUGCCUUGGAUAUAAAACGUGUAAUUAAUCAGCAAGCUGGCGACGUCAACACUUGGCAUCUGGCUGUGAGCAUCAGUUGCGAUAGUCCGGAUAAGUUGGCUUUGCUUCAGACACUGCAAACGAAAUUGAAUAAGCCCGUCAGGGAUUCGGAGUUAUGUGAAUUGCUGCAGGUGGGCAGUGCAUUGGUUAAAGCUGAGUUGAAUGCGAAAAGCUCAGUAAGCUUAAAAACCGUACACUCCACCCUUUGUCAGCGGUGCCGUCGAUACAGUUUGGACGAAGAGCAGCAGGAAAUUUGCAUGCGCUGCUCAAAUAUUUUAAAUGCCAAGCACUAGACAGUAAUUGAAGAUAGUUUUUGUUGUUGCUUAUUAAAAAGUUUAUGUU